CUCUCCUCGUUGGGGACUUUAAUAUUCCUUUUGCUUCGCAGACUACAUUUUUAGCCUUCUAAGUGCCCCAAGGCAGCUAUAUCUAUUCCACCGACAAGACAAAUUAUCUAUCCUCUUUCAUUAAUCUAUCAAAAUGGCCCCCGAAGACGACUCACUCAUGCUUAUUAGUCAGGAUGCGGUUGUCGUCCUCAUCCGUCGCAGAGCUGCCCGCUAUUCCCAGCUUCUAUCCGACAUAAUGGAUGAUCUUCCUGAGGAGGUGGCUUCGUCGCACAUCCCCAUUCCCAAGGUGAAAGGAUAUCCGCUGUCCAAAGUCGUUCAAUGGUGUGAACAUACUGCCAGGGAGGGGGUGAAGAAGCCAGUAAGCUGGAAAAUGUCGAGAUCUCAACCAGGAUAUCUUCCGUGGUGGGACCUGAGCUUUCUCGAACUGCAGGACGACGACCUGUUCGCCGUUACACUCGCCGCCAACUUCUUAGGCGUCGACCUCCUCGUCGAAUACUGCUCCAAGACAAUCGCCAGCCAGAUAAGAGGGAUGUCGAUAGAAGAUAUGCGGGACUAUUUCCAUGUCGACUUCGACUUCACUCCCGAAGAACAGGCUGUAAUUGCGGAAGAGCUCGGAUGGUAUUCAGAUCACGAUGAAUACGAAUCGGAUAUCGAUAAGUUUUACCAUUCCAUCCCCGCAACGGUAGACAUUUUGGCAGAGGAAGAGUUAAAUGGAGAUUGGAUGUUUGGCUCUACCGAGGAAUAAUCAACAUAAGACAAAGCCACGUUUGUUUUUGCUAAAUUAUAUCUAGGUAGGUACUAUGUAGGUACUUAGUACUAGGUAUUGGACGGUGUAUCUAUAAUAUGUAUUCGUGACCUUGUGUUGUUGAAAUUCAAGAC